AUGCUUCGGGUAUUUAGACUGAGACUUUUCGGGUGGGGGCAUUUUCAGCGGAGACUGGACCGAAGCGUGCCGCGUUACUCUGUGGAAGUCUACGGGCAAACUCGCUCGCUUGCGACGCCUGCCGGAGUCGCGGGGGCUCAAACCGCGGCGCACUUGUCUGUGCUCCAGGCGACAGUCGCGCGGUUUGCCCGAGAGCAAAUCGCACCGGCGAUUUUCUCUCGAGAGCAGCAGGGGUGCAUUGAACCUAGUCUUUGGCGAGCUCUUUUUGAGCAAGGGCUCAUGGGCAUGGAAAUUCCGUCCGACUUUGGCGGUAGUGGACUCAGCUUUGUCGAAACCUGCGCCUCCAUCGAGCAGCUAUCGAAGGUCGAUCCCGCUGUUGCGCUCGUUGUCGAUAUCCAGAACACGUUGCUGAAUCGUGCCGUGCUGCACUUUGGCACCCGCGAACAGCAGGCACUGUGGUUGCCGCGUCUCGCACGAGAUACAGUGGGUUCGUUCGCACUGAGUGAACCAGAAGCAGGCUCCGACGCGUUUUCUUUGCGCACACAUGCCGACCUAGAGCAAGCUACAUCAACAACAUCCAGACGGUACGUUAUCAGCGGCUCAAAAUUGUGGAUCAGCAGCGCAGCAGAAGCACAAUGGAUGCUGGUUUUCGCCACAGUAGAUCCAGCUCAGAAGCACCGAGGCAUCACUGCGUUUGUGAUCGACAACGUAGACGAAGCCAAGGCUCUGGGCCAGCUCCAGAUCGGCCCCAAAGAAGACAAACUCGGUAUCCGCGCGACCUCCUGUUGUCCGGUGCACUUUCACCGGUGCGUCAUCGAUGCCGAUCGCCAAGUCCUCGGUGGACUAGGCCAAGGCUAUCGGGUCGCAAUGCGAGCGCUCAACGAAGGACGCAUCGGCAUCGCGGCCCAGAUGAUCGGCCUCGCCCAAGGUGCUCUGGACGCUACGCUUCCGUAUCUGGAGACACGUUGCCAGUUUGGCCGUCCGCUGAUCGAUAAUCAGGGCCUGCAGUUCCAGAUCGCACAGGCGGCAGCAGAGCUUGAAGCCGUUCGCGCCCUAACAUUUCAGGCUGCUCGACUCGUUGAUGAGCACCAGGGUACAUCGGCAGCUGCACAUCUCGCUGAGAUAGCUCGUCAGGCGGCAUCGGCAAAACUCCUGGCUGCGCAGACUGCCUGCCGGUUGACGCGGCGUUGUAUCGAGUGGAUGGGCGGCAUGGGUUUUAUUCGGCAAACGCUUCCUGAAAAGUUCUAUCGGGAUGCAGUCAUCGGCAAAAUUUACGAAGGAACGGAAAACAUGCAAUUAGCAACGAUUUUCCGAUUCCUUUCCGCAACGCACCACACCCGUCAUGAUUCAUAG